UUCUAGGGAUCGCUUCUUUUCUAGUCGAGCUGGGGGAGCAAACUUCAUCAUGGUCAGGAGCAAAGAUAAUCUUGAAUCACCAUUUAUGUUACUCUACAAAACUGUCGUUUGUUUGUUUCUGAGUAUGUCUUCAUGGGGAAAACCUGCUGGGCAACUUCCCUGUCGUACGACAAGAACAGUAGCUGAUCACGCCCUAAAAGGUCACGUCAUUUCAUCAUCGGUAGGAAAGCGGUUCGAGAGCUGUGUAGCUGCUUGUGACAGCACCAACAGUUGUUUCAGUAUUAACUAUUACAUCUCAUUGAAGAAGUGCGAGUUAAACAAUAAAACGGCGAAGUGGUACGCCAAUGAUCUGAGAGUGACACCUGGAGCAGUCUACAGUGAUAGCUUGUCACGUGACUAUACUCCGUGUGUCGAUCGACAUCCGCCAUGUUCUGUCGGAAAAUGUGUUCCAAUCCCUGGAUCCUUAGCGACACGGUGUGCAUGUGACGGAAAUGUUGCCGCUUGUCAUAGUCAAUCCUGUAUUUCCAAGCCAUUGGGCAUGGAAGACGGUUCGAUUGCAGACAACCAACUCACAGCAUCGUCAACACACUCCACAGCUAAGUUGGGUUGGGGCCGACUGCACGACACGCGAGGAAGCUGGGCUGCAAACACAACUAUUGGUCACCAGUGGUUCCAAGUGAGCUUUGUACCAAACGCGAAACGCAUAACACAGAUCGCCACUCAAGGAGAUGGAAAGAGCGGGUGGGUUACGACAUUUUACGUCAUAUAUAGGAAGGCAGGAGAACCCCUUGUAAAUUAUGAGGAAAAUAACCAACGCGUGCUUUAA